AUGUCUUACAUGUCCACUUUCUCCUUCGAUCGUCUGUAUACCCUCUCCAGCCACCAGCAAGCCAUUCUUGCAGACAUCACUGGUGCACUAACCUCUCGUCGAGACGUGCAAGAGAAUGACACACACCAUAAUGAGGAGCAGGGUAGCAGUUGGCGCAUGUACAGGGUCCUUCUUGGUAAACCAGGUACUGGCAAAUCCCAGGUGCUAAUAAGAGCCAUCCAUCACGCCAUCGAAAACGAAAUGUCUGUCCUUGUCGCUGCCCCGGUGGCCCUGCUGGCUCAGGGUUACCACAAAAUCUUCCUUGCCGACAUCGAGACAGAUACUCUACACGGUGCUUUUAAUAUCCCCGUCGACGGGCGUUUUGCUGAUGACGUCAACUAUGGCCUCAACUAA